GCCGCAAGGACUCCUGUUCCUUUUGACUGUUUCCGGUCACCACAUGCAUCAGUUCAAUUAAUUAACUACAGAUAAAUACAUCCUUUGUUUAACACCUGAGUUAGUUUUAAAUACAACACAUACAUAAGGCAAACAAUUGAUCAAGAUGUCCACUGCACUCAAGGUAGUUUUAUUUAAACUAAUAAAAAUAUUAAAAAUACUGUUUUGUGCAUUUUAAUUAAAUUCCAAAUUCUGUCCAAAUAGAGCUUGAUCCAAAUCACAGUACAAAUUUAACCUUGUAAAUAAGUGUACCAUUCACAAUUUUCUAACCUAACAAAUCAGGAACGGUGGGGUCUGCUCCAGAUCUGGCGUGGAGCGUGGGGUCGUGGUUAUAGACAAUCGAGCCACCCUGGUGAAUGUGGCACAUGCAUCGUGAGAGGCAGCGUGGCUGAGCUGAGUCUGUCCUAUUUCAGUCCCACUCCCCUGCUGCUCAUGCCUCACCCAUGUGGAGGCUGCACUCUGUGACGCUGCCCAGGAGAUGCUGUGGGGCUGGGCCUGGUUACUGUCCUGCCCUGCUGUGGGAGCUCUGUGCCCCCUGCUCACUCCCACCAUGGACGCACAUGGCUCAGCUCCGUUGAGGGCUAUUGGGCCUGGGCUUUCCAUAGUCCUGCCUGCUGCUGCUCCCCUUGUAGAGAAGAGGGGAAGUUGCUGGCCCCAGUGUCCCAUAACCCAGAGAGACCCCCAUCUCUGUGUCUAGUGAGGGGUGGCGUGAGAGGCCCGGACUCAGUCCAUGGGCCUGGGGCUGGCUGGCUUAAACAGAAUCCAUCUGGCAGGGAGCUCUGGAGAGCCACAGCCCACCCACCUGCUUCUUCCCACCCCUACCGCUACGGCGCAAUACUCCACGGCCCCAGCUAGGGGCUGUCGCUAAGACACCUGAAAUUUCAGCUCCUUGCUCCUGACCCAGCUGGGCCUUUCCCAAUCUGUGUGGAAGGGGGACUCUGCUUCCUUCUGCUCGGGUGGGAGCAGGCCAGUGGCUCCUUGCACCCAGGGCUAAGCAGGCCAUGCUGUGCUUGGAGGCAUGUUGCAUCCCAUGCACCCGCAGGCUGCCUGCUCCCCCACCCUCCUCUCCUGGAGCAGGGGAAGGUUCCACAGGCUCGAACUGGGUCCCUCUGGGCAGCACGAGCCACCGCGCCGGCGUGGACUCUGGGGAGUGUGGCUGGGGGCGCAGAGGCGGGUGCCCAUGCUGGAGCUGGCAGGCUGAGCGACUUCCGUCUGUGUUCCAGGCCAGCAUGUCGUCGCUGUCGGGCAUGUCCCGUGGCAGGAAGGUGGCGCUGUCUGCGUUGGGCGUGCUGGCUGCUGGUGGCGCUGGGCUGGCCCUGGCUCUCCACACGGCUGUGAGUGCCAGCGACCUGCAGUUGCACCCUCCCAGCUACGCCUGGAGCCACAACGGCCUGCUGGCCUCCCUAGAUCACAGCAGCAUCCGGCGCGGCUACCAGGUGUACAAGCAGGUGUGUGCCGCCUGCCACAGCAUGGACUACCUGGCCUUCCGCAAUCUCAUCGGCGUCUCCCACACCGAGGCUGAAGCCAAGGCCCUGGCCGAGGAGGCGGAGGUGGUCGAUGGCCCGGACGAGAAUGGCGAGAUGUUCACGCGCCCAGGCAAGCUCUCCGAUUACUUCCCCAAGCCCUACCCCAACCAUGAGGCGGCACGAGCGGCCAACAACGGGGCGCUGCCCCCAGACCUGAGCUACAUCAUCAGUGCCAGGCACGGGGGUGAGGACUACGUGUUCUCCCUCCUCACCGGCUACUGCGACCCGCCCACUGGGGUGGUCAUCAGGGAAGAGCUGCACUACAACCCCUACUUCCCGGGGCAGGCCAUCACCAUGGCGCCCCCCAUCUACGACGAGAUCCUGGAGUUCGAGGACGGGACCCCAGCCACCAUGUCCCAGAUAGCGAAAGACGUGUGCACGUUCCUGAGGUGGGCAGCGGAGCCAGAGCACGAUCACCGCAAGCGCAUGGGAAUGAAGAUGCUGAUGAUGAUUGGCCUCCUGACACCCCUCAUCUACUACCUGAAGCGCCACAAGUGGUCUGUACUAAAGAGCAGGAAAAUCGCAUACCGGCCCCCCAAGUAAGCACUGGAUCCAGCAUGCUGGCCCACGGGCCUUGGCCACCCGGCCACCGCACGACCCUUCCCAGGACAGGAAUGUAUAUACAGCUGGACGGACAGACGGGGGCAGCCCACUCCUCAUGACGCGUUACUCCUAUUUAAUGUCCUCUCCCUUGGACACAGCCGCUCGCCUGCUAGGCCUGGGAACGGACUCUGGGAAGGGGGGGCAGCUGCUGUCUGUAUGCGCAUGCUGAGGGGCAGAAAUAAACCUUCAGUCUUCA